GAGAAUUUAUGAUGUUGUGUUGGUGAGAUAAUCUCCUGUUUUGAGAAGUUACGAUGUUGUGAUGGUGAGAUAAUCUCCUGUUUUGAGAAUUUAUGAUGUUGUGAUGGUGAGAAAAUCUCCUGUUUUGAGAAGUUAUGAUGUUGUGAUGGUGAGAUAAUUUCUUGUUUGAGACGUUGUGUUGGUGAGAUAAUCUCCUGUUUUGAGAAGUUCAAUGUUGUGAUGGUGAGAUAAUCUCCUGUUUUGAGAAUUUAUGAUGUUGUGUUGGUGAGAUAAUCUCCUGUUUUGAGAAGUUACGAUGUUGUGAUGGUGAGAUAAUUUCCUGUUUGAGACGUUGUGUUGGUGAGAUUAUCUCCUGUUUUGAGAAGUUCAAUGUUGUGAUGGUGAAAUAAUCUCCUGUUUUGAGAAGUUAUGAUGUUGUGAUGGUGAGAAAAUCUCCUGUUUUGAGAAUUUAUGAUGUUGUGGUGGUGAGAUAUCUCCUGUUUUGAGAAGUUAAGAUGUUGUGAUGCUGAGAUAAUCUCCUGUUUUGAGAAGUUACGAUGUUGUGAUGGUGAGAUAAUUUCCUGUUUGAGACGUUGUGUUGGUGAGAUAAUCUCCUGUUUUGAGAAGUUACGAUGUUGUGAUGGUGAGAUAAUCUCCUGUUUUGAGAAGUUACGAUGUUGUGAUGGUGAGAUAAUUUCCUGUUUGAGACGUUGUGUUGGUGAGAUAAUCUCCUGUUUUGAGAAGUUCAGUGUUGUGAUGGUGAAAUAAUCUCCUGUUUUGAGAAGUUAUGAUGUUGUGAUGGUGAGAAAAUCUCCUGUUUUGAGAAUUUAUGAUGUUGUGAUGGUGAGAUAUCUCCUGUUUUGAGAAGUUAAGAUGUUGUGAUGCUGAGAUAAUCUCCUGUUUUGAGAAGUUACGAUGUUGUGAUGGUGAGAUAAUUUCCUGUUUGAGACGUUGUGUUGGUGAGAUAAUCUCCUGUUUUGAGAAGUUCAGUGUUGUGAUGGUGAAAUAAUCUUCUGUUUUGAGAAGUUAUGAUGUUGUGAAGGUGAGAUAUUUCCUGUUUUGAGAAGUUACGAUGUUGUGAUAGUGAAAUGUUUCCUAUUUUGAGAAAUGCUGAGGUGAUCUCUCAAAUCAAGUAGACCAUGUCGGCCAAACGUGAUAAGCACACCAGAACUUUGCACUUCGAGGAUGAAGGCCGAGGAGACACACAGAACAAGGUCUCAACUAAGUCAAUCAAAGGGGAUAUUCUCGACUCUGACUCAAAUCGCUUGAGUAGGUUGUUGUCAUGGCGCUGUGUUCUGUCCCAUCCAAGACUCGUCACUGGUGAGGUAAAGCUUGAUGACUUUGUUCCGUUCUGUCUGAACUUGAGGAAGGUGGACGGCAUCGCGAGACCUGCAGUGCUUGUCAACACCCGGGCAGAGUACCAGCUGUCUGUCAGUCUCUACGAUGUGGCGUUCCGGGAGUUCUGUGGCCGACAGUGGCUGGGACCGACGAUGGCAGGAAGGGGAGGAGCUACCAGUCUGCCCAAGUUACAAUAUAACCAGCACAUCUACUUCCACACGUCUAUCACCAACAUCAGCCUGAUUGCGGUGGUGGAGAUUGUGGCCCACACUUAUGAUGACUCGGGACGGCGCCAGGCUGUGGCCUGCGGCUGGGGCAUCAUCCGGCCCUUCAAGAAUGACUCCGACUUGCCGGACUCUGCGCGGAGCGUCCAGCUGCCAACACAGAAGGUUGAGAUGUACUACGGAUCUCCCAGAGCUCUGCUGUUCAUGGACGACCCCCUGGAGAGUAACCAGUUGCUGAAGCCGAUUACGGGAUGCCAGCUCAGCUUCACCAUGGCGACCCACAAGUCUAUGCUGAGGGUCAUGAACCUGAUUCCAGAGAAUGUCAUCGUCAGCGGAAAGGACGUCAUCCCUGGGAUGGUGGAUGACCAAACUGCAGGGGCGGACAAGUUGAAGCGUCCGAAGACGUUGCGCACUGUGCCAAUUCAGCUGGAGGGUGUGUACGUGCACCUGCAGCCCAAUAUGGACAUGUUCGAGACGGAACUUUGCUCACUGAUGCAGGAUGAUCGGGCACUCCGAGAGAAGAAGACGCUGGAAGAUGCUCCCCCUGUCACAGUCUUAGAGAGACGAUUACAGGUUGGUGUUCAUAAUGGCUGGUGUUACGUGGAAAAGCCUCAGACCUUCCAUCUAGAGAGUCUCAGCAGCUCGUCACGGAAACCCACAGCCAGCCCUAGCUUCCGUCGCAGUAGCAUGUUCGCAAACAGGAGGACCGAGUCUACAGGGUCAUGCAACUCAAGUGGAACGAAUGACUUGGUGCUGAAGAACAAGGUUCAGUUCUCUGAGUUCCUGGAAGACCCCAUGUUCUCCAUCAUCUUCUCCCUUGAGUAUGUGAUCGGGGAGCCACUCACAGCUAAAGACAGGAAGAUAUCCUUGAGCUUUGCCCGUGCACACACCCGAACUGUAUCGGUCAGAUGGGCAGCAUGGAGCCCACUACAACACCCCAGCAAUCGUGAUGUCACAAUAUCUCUGGUGGGGGGACCUCAUCGAUCACCUGACGAGGGCUUUGUCUACAAGAUGCCAUCAACAGACAUGCAAGACAACGAGGUCGCAAGGUUGGCCGGGGGAUAUGUCUUCCUACAGUGGUCAACUGACGCCAAGGACAUGUUGACGCUGCCGAUGGGCUCCCCGCAUGGCGUAAGUCUUCGUCUAGGCUCCAUGCCAUCGGUCCGGAGCCUGGACAGUGGAGGGGAGCUGGACAUGGCCUGGAAACCUCCUUCAGGCAGAUCCAAGUCACAGAACGGGACCCAGAUCUCCUUCCAGCCCCAGCCUCAGAUCCUGCCCCAGCAGACUGGGUACUCCCACGCCCAGCCCCCGGGGAUGGGAGCCGUGUACCCAAACAUGGCCAUAGGACCAACAGGCAUGUUCCCGAUGUACCCGAUGGGGCCCUCCGGGAUGUACCCAAUGAACAUCAUGCAGAUGACAGAUCCCGGCUCUUCACGCCUCACUGCCCCCGACCUCCACGAGCUGCCAUUUACCCCAGUUCAUGCUCCAGUCAUGGCCCAGGGACCCCAGCCAAGAGGUGGCAUGGGGUUGUCCAGGGCGGCCUAUGCUCGACUCUACUCGGCCGGCUUCCCGUCUGUCGUGGAUCGGAAUGGCGACCCCCCAGAUGUGAUUGAUCCUGGCACGACAGUCAAAGUGAAUGUGGCGAAGGAGAUGGCAGAUCCUUUGCAGUGUAACGAGGUUGUCUUCCAAUUCUUAGCCUUUGCCAAGUUUUCCAGUCAGCCAAAUGGUUCUUCAAAAUCUGCUGGCUCUGUGUUUUUCACAUUCCAGUUCUACAGGUUUCCCCAGGUCACAUCAGAGAGAUUACUUCUGUCCAAAUCCCAGAAUGAUUUGACCGCAGAUCCGCUGUCCUCCCCAUUCAUCCUGCACAGGAUGGAGAAGGAUGGGUCCAUUCAGGAGGGGCAGCCACCAGGGUUCGAGGUGAAGUACUUCCUUGACCCCACGUUUCUGAAGCCCGGGGAGAGCAGCUUGUUUUACCAGCAUCUGGCCCGCCAAACCCUCCACAUUGACGUCUGGGACGCUGACUCCCUCCUCCUCAUUGGCUCAUCAGCUGUCGACCUCAAGUACCUGUGCCGGAAUGGGAAUGAGGCUGUCCAGACAACCUUUGAACUGGACGUUGUGACAAGUGAAUACCACGAGGACACAGCCUCUAGUGACAACAAACACGCCGACAUGCGUGCUGCCAGCGUGAAGCCCCUCCGCCGGGGCAAGUUACACCUGAGGAUGGCCAACAUCGGACAUCAAGGAGAAGUGAAGAGAGUCGGGCACAGAACAGAAACAAUUCCAUUACCGAGCAAGACCCAGGUGAUUAUCUCUCAGACAGCCGGGAACUCCUCAUACAAGGGCGGGAGUCUGAUGAGGGGAGAGAAUGGUUUGAAGAAGCUGGGUGUCUCUAGAGCUCAGCCACUGACAGACAAUCGUGAAGUGUCCACCAUGAUGUUUUCAAAGGAACGACAGAUGGACAAGGAAGAAACACACAGAGGAGUCGACUCUGAGAGGCAAAGGAAACUUGCCCGGAUGAAUGCUGUUCGCCAGCAGAGUGGAGAGCAGGAGAAUGAAAAAACAACCACCAUUAUGGGUUAUCGCAAGGAGAAGACAGAGCGGAUGAGGGACAUGAAGACGAUGGAGAUCUACCGCAUGCAGACGAAGAGAGAAGGCAUCCUCACCAUGCUCAGCAACACAAUCACCACCGAGCACACCAUCUACCCCACCUUUGCCACGGCCGAGUUCUUCGAGUUUGUCCUGAAGAACCCCUACAACGUCCAGCAGAACAUCACGAUGGACUGCUCUGAUCCAGCUGUAGGAGUCAUCACAGACGCCCGGGAGUGGCGGCACUUCAAGCAAAUAAACAACAUCAACACCCAUGUAGAGGAGGGCAUGUUCAACAAGGAUAGAAAGUCCGAUGGGCCGGAGAUCUUCCUGCGUCCCAAAGAAACAGUCAACAUCCCCCUCAAGUAUCAGAGUUUCCAGGCCGACCAAUCUGUUCAGCCACAGGGCCCUGUUAAUCCCUUCCGGAAGAAGGAGGUCAGGCACAAGCAGGGGCAGCAGCAGGAGGACAGCAACAUCCUCCACAGUCGCAGCGUGCGAGUUAUUUUCAAGUCGGAGGAUGGCAAGCCCAUCGCUGUCUUGCAUCUGAAGGUAGAACCCCAGCCUCAUGUUGUUGACCAGACGUUCCGCUUCUACCACCCAGAGCAGGCAUUCCUGAAGAAAUCUGUUCGACUGCAGGAUCUCCACGCCUUGCCAGCCAAUCAGAUCGGGGGCAGCGGCGUCAGCAAGGUGUUUGUCCGCUGCAGUGACACCAACGUGGUCUGCGACAGUCGAGCUACACAGCCAGGUGAACCCCAUGACGUGUUUGUCAAGUGCCCCCUCGGGCCGUCCCCCCAGGUGAAGCGCUUCCACAUGGCCGUCUACAUCGACCCCUACCUGUCCCGCCCCACCCAGGUGUGGCAGUUCUUCGUGCACGCGCUGCAGAGGGUGGACGUGUCCUGUAUUGACGGUCAGACCAGCAGGUUUGCCCUCAUCCUCAGAGGGACUCAAUCCAACCGCCUCGCUCGCUGUUUCUCGUCUCACCCAAGUGAAAUGCAGCUGUCUCCCGAAGACCAGUUCCUGUUAACGGCCGGAGCCGUGCACGAACUUAAUGUUGCCGUCCGCCCAAUGAAGACCGGCAACAGGUUCUACUAUCUGAAUGUGGUCGAUAUCGAGUACCACCAGCUGAUUCGUACCUGGCUCAUCUGUGUCAACUGCCGAGCUCCGAUGGUGUCGCGGGCGUUCGAGCUGUCGUUGCCCGUGGGUGGGGGGAAGGGAUGCAGCAAGCGGAUCAGCUACACCAACCCAUACCCCGCCCAGAAGGAGUUCCACCUCCGCUGUGACCGUGACGACCUGCUGCAGUUCAAGGAGACCAAGUUGACCAUCAAUGGCGGCGAGCAACACGUGAUCGGGCUUCGGUUCAAUCCCGUCUCCCAGCCUGGCAUUGCUGAAAUCAUGGUCUUCAUCAAUGAUGAGGACGAUAAGAAUGAAGAGACCUUCCGAAUCACUGCCAACUACAAGUAUCCAGGAGCAUAGAACAUUAGUGUAGCUCUUAGACAGUGUAUACUUAAUGUAGAAGACAUACGUUGUGUCGUCUGAACCAGACUUUAGCUGUGUCCACUCGGGCUGACCACACCUGCAAGGGGAGAUAACCUGGAUAUAUAGCCUCCCUAUCAAGUGUCGGAGUUUGUUGUCUGUACAGGUGUGAGUGAUUCUGUAGAGAGAGUGUCUGAACACUCAAUCACAUGGUGCCUCGUUCCCUGUCUGCAUUCACAGCAGGAUCAGUGUUAUAUGUCCUCAUCAUUCUCCGAGUCCUCAAACAUAUCAAUGUCCUCGGAGUCCUCAAACACGUCAAUGUCCUUCGAGUCCUCAAACAUAUCAAUGUCCUUCGAGUCCUCAAACAUAUCAAUGUCUUUCGAGUCCUCAAACACGUUAAUGUCCUCCAAGUCCUCAAAUUGACAUCAACUCGACUACACAAGCAAAUGUAAUUAGAGCUGUUGGUCUCUGGUACUUUGCCUUUUGAAGAUGUUAUUGUUAUGAUAUUUAUAGCAUUCUGUGAUAUUACAUGCGUCCAUUGUAAACUAAUGUGUAGUCCAAGGAAUCUCACGCCUUGUCCGUCCUCUCAAGUCACACAUUGUAAUCCAUCUUUGUCAUCAGUCAGCUUCAAAGUAAUGACUAGCAAACAACACUGUAUACACGUCAUACACACAACACGUGUCAUGGUUCAGAAAAACAGUUACUUUGAACAUAUCUGCAUGUUACAUGUAUUUAUUUCGGGUUAAUAAACUAUCAAUUCCUA